AUGGCUGAAGAGCACGACGUUACUUUUGAGACCGCCGAUGCUGGUGCGGCGACCACCUACCCUAUGCAGUGCUCUGCUCUGCGUAAGAACGGUCACGUCGUCAUCAAGGGCCGCCCCUGCAAGAUCAUUGACAUGUCUACCUCCAAGACCGGCAAGCACGGCCACGCCAAGGUCCACCUUGUCGCUACCGACAUCUUCACCGGCAAGAAGCUUGAGGAUCUGUCCCCCUCCACCCACAACAUGGACGUCCCCAAUGUCGCCCGCAAGGAGUACCAGCUUCUCGACAUCACCGACGAUCACUACCUUUCCCUGCUGAAGGAUGACGGUGACACCAAGGACGACGUCAAGGUUCCCGAGGGUGAAGUUGGCGAGCGCUUGGUUCGCAUGUUCAAGGAGGAGGGCAAGGACACCGCCAUGGGUGAGGAGGCCGCCAUUGAGGCCAAGGAGGCUCCUAAGAUCUAA